AAACAUGAUGGGCAGUUCACCUUGGACGCCGAAUUUGUUAGACUACUCGGCUUUGAAUCUUCCAAAGACUUUGAACAAGUAAUUAACGUGUACAUCAAAUCAAAACGCGUAUCUAAAUUGGACAUCCACGUUAUUUCCACUGCCGUUUCUCUCUGGUAUUUGCGCUUGGUUGCUGAGGAGCUUAUCCUGUCGUUCCAAUCCAACACUUCUGAUGAACGACUUAAAAACUCGACAAGUCUAUCAUCGUUUCGGUCUUUAUCACAUCAUUCCUCAGGCUCUCUUAUGGAAGCACAAAAGUGGAUGGAUAUUAUCGUACACAAAAACGGGAAACAUGGAUUAGUGAAUCAAUUAAUGAUGAAGAGUCUAUACGCAGAAGUGAAUCGCUACGUUAUCAGACAUUACAACGUCACAGAAU